UCGGCGAUCUUAGCUCACUACUUCGAACAAACAUGCUCCCCUCGUUUCGCUUUUGUCUGUGUUUACUCGGUACAUAGUUUUGUACGUGAGAAAAUUUCCUGUUGCCAGACAGUGAACGUUGCGGCGACAUGAUAUUAUCUGACAGAGCCUCGAUUUCGACACUGACGGCCCUGUCAACGUCGACGUAGAAGGGCUUGCACGAACGCCUGGACCGCGCUGUAGAAAUUAAUCUUAAUUCUGCAUGUAAUUAGUUUUAAUGGAUAUUCGGCAACUACGAAAGAUGACGUCUCAGCUGAAUGUUCUCUGGAUAUUUUCACUGCUCUGUGCCGCAGGACUUAGCGCAGCAAACCAAACAUCGAGCACCCCCCAGCAGUCAACGAAAUCGGCAAAAUUAAGUUUCAUCAAGCUUUACAAUGAAAAACACGCCGACGAAAGACCUGAGUUCAGACACGACGUGGCCUUCUUCACAAUCAACUCAACAGUCAACUUCAGAAUACAGCUAUGGGCUCAGAGUGUCGACUGCUAUGAGUGUGAUCUGUGGCUGGUGAACACGUUCCGUGAAUCGAACACGACCACGAUGUUGGUGAAUACGACCCAUGCAACCAGACUGUCUCUGGUUAGAGUUCUUCCCACACUACAAGCUGAAGACAUCUGCAGCUUCACAUCUCACUUCAAAGAGGCUGGAGAUUACUGGCUGUUCGUCGACUACCCGUCCUACACCAGUGGAAGCGCUUGCGACCUCACAUUAGCUAAUAAUCCCAUGGCGGCAGAAAUGCCAAUAUUGUUUACUCUUCUGGGUCUAUUUGGUCUGGCUGGUGUUUGGGUGUUAAUUCAAAUAAUUUUUAGGAGAAUCAAGUCAGGACACUUUUUCUCUCGGAGUGCCAACAUCACCGAUCCUACCGAGAUGUCUGACGUAGUUGUAACGAGUAACGGUCAGAGUGUCAACUCUGACAAACCUGACGCUCAAGUCGAGAACGGGGGUCCGCCGACUCACCCACCGGAAAACGAAAAGGAACCUCCCAAGAAAAAACGCUUGCGAUCUCUGGAUGCUUUUCGCGGGUUGUGUCUGGUGGUCAUGAUAUUCGUCAACUAUGGCGGCGGUGGAUACUGGUUCUUCGAGCACCCACCCUGGAACGGGCUCACUGUGGCGGACCUCGUGUUUCCAUGGUUUAUCUUCAUAAUGGGGACAUCGAUGAAUUUCUCUUUUCGGAGCAUGCACAAACAGGGGAUGACACCAUGUCAGAUGUUCUUUAAGAUCAUGAAACGAAGCGUAUAUCUCUUUGCACUUGGAAUAUAUCUCAACACAAGCUGGGGACCCGUGGACCUUACACAGCUGAGGAUAAUGGGAGUCCUCCAGCGUUUCGGUGUCACCUACAUGAUCCUGGCUCUGGUGGAACUGGUGUGUGGCCGGAAACAAGACUCGCACGAGGAUACAAAGUGGGCGCCAGUUCGAGACAUUAUUCUGAAUACACCCCAGUGGAUUAUAAACCUGGCGUUUCUGGCAACCUAUGUCGGACUAACGUACGGCUUGCCUAUCCCGGGAUGCCCAACUGGCUACACGGGACCUGGAGGCAUCAGUCAAAGGGGACAGUACUCUAACUGCACUGGUGGCGCUGCGAGGUAUAUUGAUGAGAUCAUCCUUGGCAACGACCACCUGUACCAGUUUCCAACACCAAUGGAUACCUACAACACAUCCGUGCCUUAUGAUCCAGAAGGACUUCUUGGCAUUUUGACAUCGGUCUUCAUGUGUUUUCUAGGACUCCAGAGUGGACGCAUCAUCCUACUAUACGAGGACCAUAAAGGAAGAAUCAUUCGCUGGCUAAUAUGGGCAGCAAUAACGGGGUCCAUUGCUGCAGUGCUGUGUAAAGGAAGUCAGAAUGAUGGCUGGAUACCUCUCAAUAAAAACCUGUGGUCUGUGUCCUUUGUGUUAACGACUGGCUGUUUUGCUUUCAUUCUGCUCGCUAUUAUGUAUGUGUUUAUCGACAUUCUGGAUUGGUGGUCUGGAGCACCCUUUAUAUACCCAGGAAUGAACUCCAUAGUGAUCUAUUGCUGCCACGAUAUCCUCUGGCGCGAGUUGCCCAUCAACUGGCAGAUUGAAGAGAUUCACUGGAAACUCCUCCUACAGGACGUGUGGGGGGCCGGCUUCUGGUGUAUCGUCGCAUACAUCAUGUUCAAGAAGAAAUUCUUUGUCGCCCUUUAGGACAUGAACGUAACACUAAGGAGAAAUAUACAUAAUUCUACCCGAUAAAAUGCAUUGUUUUAUGACAAUAAUUGUAUUUGGGACCUUUAAUAGGUUUUUUUUCUUCAAAUUAUGGACCAAACAAAUAAAAGACAUAUAUUUAACAAGAAAUAAUAAAAAAACCCACUGGCAUAGCCAUUCGAUCAUCGGAGCCAUGCCACCCCCCCCCUCCCAAGCCAUGUCCCCCUCCCCCAAAUACCA